CAACAUCAACAACAACAAAACUAAAAGUUGAAAUAUACUACGGGAUAAAAUAUGCAUCCUUACGUAAGGGGAGGCUUAGGUUUAUGCCCCCAUCAGGGUUUAUAGAAAAAUGGCCGGGCGUCAAACUCGCCAUCAAGCGCAAACCUAUCUGUCCUCAAAUCAAAUUUGAUGAUGAUGAUGAAGAAGAAAAAGAAAAAGAAGAUGAAGAAGAAGAAGAAGAAAAAGAAGGAGAAGUAGAAGAAGAAGAAGAAAAAGAAGAGGAAGAAGAAGAAGAAGUAGAAGGAGGAGAAAAAGAAGAAGAUAAUGAUGGUGAUGAUGUGGAUGAUCAUGAUAAUUAUGAUGCCAGCAACGGUGAUGAUGAUCAUGGAGCUGAUAAAGAUGACGACGACGAUGAUAAAGAGAAUGAUGACGACGACGACGUGUCAAAAAAAAGUAAUAGAAUAAGGAGGGAUGGCAAUACUUCGAAGGUUAAACUUGAUCGCGGUUUUGAAAAUUUGGUGAGAAUUAAAAAAUGCAACAACAACAACACCACCACCACCAACAACAACAACAACAACAAUAAUAAUAAUAAUAACAACAACAACAACAACAAUAAUAAUAACAACAAUAACAACAACAACAGCAGCAGAACAGUAAACAUUCGUCUUAAUUAUCACAAUAAGGCUUAUCAAUGGAAUAAAACUUUAUCAGGAAAAAUUUUUUCCGGGUCCAAUAACGUCGCCACGCUUGACCGACUUACACUUUAUAAAAAUAUGAAUAAUAAUAAUGAAAAUAAUAAUAAUAAUAAAAAUAAUGUAAAUAAUAACAACAAUUAUAAAGACAAUAGCAACAGUAAAAAUAGCGGUUACAAUAAUGGUAACAAUAACAAUAGUAAUGUUAACGCUAUCACAGUUGAUUUUGGGGGUCCUAAAUCCAGUGAGGCGAUUGUACCGAAUGUGGGUGAGCAUUCGGCUGAUGAAAAUGAGAGAAAUCAUGACGAUAAUGAUGACGUCAGCCUCAACUUCAACAACAUCUACAACAACAACAUCAUCAACAUCAACAAUAACAGCGACAACAUCGACAACAACAUCGACAGCAAUAGCGACAGCAACAAAGUCACGAACAACAACAUCAUCAACAACAACAAAAGCAACAACAACAACAUAGUCACAAACAACUACAUCAGCAACAACAACAUCAACGUCAACAAAAAUUUAAUAACCAAUGCAGGAGUCCUUAGGGUCCGAAGAGAUUCUGUUUAUAGGAAUGAAGUUUUAAAUGACGUUAAAACUAAAAUAAAAAAUAAAAACAACAAAAACAUUAACAACAACAUCAACAACAUCAACAACAUUAGCAACAACAACAACAAACUCAACAUUUACAAUAAAAUAGACAUCAAAAACAGUUAUAUAAAUAUUUUGAAUGUCACUGAAGCCAGAAAAGCUAGCAUGAAAUAUGGGCGAGGUCAAAAGCUGUAUAGAAAUAAUCGAUCCAUAUCUGAAUACGUCGAGACCAGAGUUGUAGAAAAAUUUAAAAUUAUCGAAAAAGACAACAAGAACAUCAACAGCAUCACAGAAAUCAAGGAAAUAAAAAACAACAACGUAGACAAUUUAAACAACGAACCAGCCCAUCUUUAUAAGCGUUCUUUUGCUGACAGCAACAACAAAAACAUCAACAACAACAACAACAAAAACAUCAACAUCAACAACAAAAACAUCAACAUCAACAACAAAAACAUCAACAAAAUUAACAAAAACAUAAACAAACACGCUAACAUCAACAAGAAAGGUCGAAACAAUAACUCAAAAGACAUUAAAAAACGAAAAAUAAAAUACAAAGGCAAAUACUUUCCAGGCUUGCAUUCGACUCCGGCUGAUUAUGACUACCUUGAAGAUCAAGAUGAGGAAUGUCUUUACCUCAACAUUUACGUGCCAUACAUUAAAG